AUGGAGGACUCCCAAGAUGAAUACACCCCCACUCAGGCAUACGAUGACUGGCCCGCCUUGUCUCCAUUGGCGCGCAAACGGCCACGACGCUCGGCGAGCGAUACAUGCGGUGUUCUCACCGCCCUUCAAUUUGGAUUAGGUGGAGCACUGGACUCGCAGACCACCGAUACACAGUAUCUUGAGGCGCUUACCGUGUCGCCCAAACUGACUGCCCCUACCAAACCUACCAAGCGCGAGGCGCUCGAGACGAAGCACGCGUUACCUUCAAAGUCUGUACCGGUGAGGUCGAACGACUCUGAGUGCGCGCGAUGCCGUGAACUACAGAACAAGAUUGCCGCACUUACGCAAGAGCUCAAGAACUCGAACGGUCUACCACCUCGCGAGGUACACUCCGCCUGGUACUACAAAACCAUGUACCAUGCGGAAAUGGCCAAGACCGACGCUCUCACAUCUGCCCUGGAGCGAUGCGGUGGCGAUAUCCCUCUUGAGGAGCAGUCGCAAGAAGAGUUCCUGAGCCCUUCUCCCAUCAGGAAGAGGACUGCAAAAGCUUCGUCUGUGAAGCCUGAGGGUAUCGAUCUGCCGCCCUUUUUCUUCUUGUGACCUAACAUAGUAUCUAUUACCAAUAUGUACUCUUGUGUUGUUUCCAAUGCCAUGUAGCCGUCCGUUUGAAUUGUAACAUAUCAGCCACACAAACGUGGCAAGCUUUGUGCAUGUGCCG